UGAGGAAAAUAAUUUUUUUCCCUUUGUUUCGUACAAAACUCAUUCAAUUUUAUGAGUCAAAAAAGUGAUAAAUUCUCAGAACAUUCCAGCAUUGAUAGUAAAGUAUAAUAGCAGUAAUUACUUCACGAAUGCUAUUUCUUAUCUGGGCUGCGUAUCUUACAUUAUGUUUGCAAAGAAAGUUCAGACUUAGAAGAAACUCUUUGCUGCUUUAUUCAAAUCAGAGCUUUUAAAACUGUUGAGAUAAAGAACAUUUUAUUUCUUCAGGUGAAGUGUAAAGGAAGUGAAAACACAAUGUCAUCCCAUAAAAGUAUUUCUGAACUUGUAUGUUCCAAAACUGAACCUUCAACACAUCUUAAUGUAAAUCUAGAAAAAGAAUCAGCGGUAAAAGUUUACCGUAAACGGUACUGGAUAUUGUUUCUCUUCAGUUCUCUCUCCCUUUUAUGCGGAAUGCUUUUUCCCCAAUAUGUGUCAAAUGCCAAUGUCAAUAUGUGUUAUUAUAACAUUUCUAUGAACAUGUUAAAUUGGACAGCAUACAUGCUGAUGGUGGUGUAUGUUGUGUUUGUUUUUCCUGUGUCCUAUUUGAUGAACUACAUCGGUCUCCGUUGGACUAUUAUAGCUGUAUCUGUGACUAAUACUAUAGCUUGUGCCUUACAGUUUACUGGUUUAAAACCGGAUGGAUUUUCAUUCAUUCUACUUAGUACUGCAUUCACCUCUGCAUCAAACAUCUUAGUCUUAGCCGUUCCACCUUUCUUGGCUGCCACAUGGUUUCCGAGUAAUGAGCUAUCGCGCGCUUGUUCGGCUGGAGUAUUUGGCAAUCAGUUAGGAAUAGCGCUGGGCUAUCUCUUCUCCCCUCUAAUGGUUUCUAACGACUGUGAAGAUAAACCUCUGAUAGAAAAUGGAAAGUUCAAAGUGGCAACAAUUCUGACGAUACUAAAUUUGAUUUGGUUGAUGCUUGUUCUUUUCACUUUCCAAAAUGCGCCAAAGUCUCCACCAACUCAAACACAAAUUAAAAAAGAGCCUUCAGAGUCACAUACAAAGAGUGUGAUUACUAUGUUUAAGAACUUGAAUUUCGUAUUGCUGUUCAUUAUGUACGGUUUGACUGUUGGAACCUAUUUUGCUAUUACCACCAUUCUGAACAAUUUAAUACUUCGAUAUUUCCCACACCGAGAAGUUGAAAUUGGUUGGAUGGGUACUCUUUUUAUCAUUUCUGGCCUCGUAGGUUCCAUGAUUGCUGGUACGAUUCUUGAUUACACCCAUAGGUUUAAAGAAACUACUUUGGGAAUAUGCAUUGCCAGUAUGCUUACUUUCAUCUUGUUUUGUACGCUACUGGUGAUUAAAUCUCUAUGGGUCACAUUCUUGACGAUUGGCAUAUUUGGAUUUUUUCUGACAAGCUUUUUACCAGUUGGUUUAGAGUAUGGUAUCGAAUUGACUUUUCCAGAGCCUGAAAUUAUAAGUGCAUCAUUACUGAAUGCUUCUUCAAAUUUAUUUGGUCUUAUAUUAACUGAAAUUGCUUCCCGCCUGCUGGAUGCUUGGGGACAGAGAUCAUCAAAUAUUGCCAUUGCUGUAUUCCUAUUUAUGAGUUCAUUAAUAACGAUUUUCAUCUCAUCAGAAUAUAAAAGAAAUAAGCGUCCCAUCAAAGAUUCUUUGAAACAUGAACAAGAAAAGACUUAUCAUUGAACAUUUAGAACAAGAUUCUGUAACUUACGACUAUUUCAAUUUAAAUAUUGAAUUUGUUUGGUUCAAAUAUUCACUAUUAAGUUAUGCUGAUUUUAUCCCUCAUUUAUUGUAAAUAAAACAUGCUUAAUAAUCUAA